AAACUUCUUUAUUAAAAUUUGUUUAUUUUAAUUGAUAAAUAUAUUUUUUAUACUUUUCAUGUACGUCUGUGUUUUCGAAAAUCUAAAGUUAAUUAAUAAUAAGAUUUUAUAUUUUUUCUAUGGCAAAUACUAUUAAUUAUCAAUAAAAAAAUUAACAUGAAAAGAACAUUCUUCAGAUCUUAAUAUUUCGCAGCAAUCUUUUAUCAAAAAAUAAGCCAGUCAUAAUAUUUCUUUAAUUAAUGCAAAGUAUCUGCAAUAUCCUUUGCACACUCGGGGAAAAUUUUUCUCGGACCUCGGAAAAUAGAAUUAUAUUGAAUUAUAUCACAUAUGCUGAAGAUGCUUCAGAACAACCAGUUUCACACAACAUAUGAAAGGUUCUCUGAAAACAAUGGCGCAAUAAAUAUGAUAUGACAGUUGCUUGCUUUCAGCAUAGCGACAAGUUUCGGGGAAAGACAAGCGUUUGCCGCCUUUUUUUCUCAUUUUCGUGAAAGAUGAUCGAUUUGUAAUGGUCCGGUCGUCCAAGAGCGUUAAAAGGACCGAGAUGUCGACGCGCCGGGAUAACGUGACGAUCGACCCGCCGCCGUAUUAUUUUCGUCACAGAGUCAGGGAUUUGGCGAAAUCGCAGGAAGAUCAUGUUACGUCAAAGCAGAAUGCCGACAGCAAACGUUCGAUAAGUACAACAAGCAAAGCACCCAAGAAAAAAUCUAAAUACUGUACUUACUAUAUCCAUGGAAUGCUGGGAAUUUGCAUAAUGUGCUUCGUCAUGACUAUGUUGUUUCCGUAUCCACUGCACGCUUCCUGUAUUGUAAAAUGGAAGUUUGACGAUCCGUGCACAUAUGUAAUGCAGAAAUUUCGAUGUCAAAUAAUGAAUUGGUCCUCGUGGAACGUUUGCCGACAACGUGAGGGCAAUUGUCUAUAUACACUGAAAGUACCAGCAGAGGAAAAUGUAAUCCAAGCGACGCACAGGAUGUCGAAUCUGAAAUCACUUGAAAAAAUCAAGAUUGUCUUUGAGGAGAGGAACAACACAUGCUUUGCUACAGGCGAUUCUGUAUCAAGCGGAUGGUUCACGGUAUUCGAUUACGGCGCGAAUUAUUGCAAUCUGCGUAACUUGGUGGUGGGAGCCGGUCUUGAUAGGCACAUGAAAUUUCUGGAGCUGACGAGUGAUGCUGUGUGCACGCAAUUUGACAUGGCAGUCUGCGGAUGAAGGAAGACGGGAUAUUCGUUUGUGGAUUUUAAACAUUGCGCCGGCUUUCCUGGAAUGUCGCAGAUGGAAAGCACAAUAAAAAACACAAUUGAUAAAAAAAAACACAAGUUUAUAUUUGUAUCAAUUUACACAAUUUUGUACAAGAGUUAUAAGAUUACCUACACCGCAGAAAAGUACUUUGUACUUUGUACUUUGCCAUAUUUUUAUGAAACAAUAAAUUGCAUAUCGCUAAAUGAUUUGCUAAUUGUAUUUUAUGAUUUUUUGAAUAAAA